AUGGGUAAAUACAACCUUGGUGCUGAGGCACUGGUCGAUCAAGCCGAAUCCUUCAAGACAUUUCUUGGUCUCAACCAGCCGGAACCGGGAGACAAGUUCUUCCUUGUUAUGGGUCUGACAGGAGCUGGCAAAAGUACAUUCGUCUCAAACUGCACAGGUCAUGACGUGACUAUAGGCCAUGGGCUGUAUUCAUGUACUAACUCUGUUGGUGCUUUCCAGUAUACCAGACGUGGUCAACGUAUCUUCCUUAUAGAUACCCCCGGGUUUAACGACACCAGCCGCUCUGAUAUCGAAACGCUGGAGGUAUUGGCAACCUAUCUCAGUGCGUCACAUGCAAAUGGGGUGCGGAUUCACGGUAUCAUAACGUUAUAUCCUAUCACGAAUAACCGUAUGGCUGGAUCAAAUUUGAGAAGCUUGAGAAUCCUGAAAGAGAUUUGUGGAUUCGCUUCCUAUAGCAAUCUCGCCAUCGUUACAACUCUGUGGCCCGAGUCUCCAGAUUCUAAGAACAGGAGGAUUCUUGAAGACCGAGAACUUGAGCUGAUGACAAACCCUGACUUUUUCAGUGACCUUGUCAGUCAAGGAGCAAGAAUGUUUCGAGAUUACAACGAAAAUCAUAGCCCCGCAAACGCAGAACAGCGUAUUAUCGAUACUCUACUAAGGCAACUGGAUCACGGCAAACAUGCUGUACUUCAAUUACAGCGAGAGGUUGUGGACGAAGGAAAGAGUCUUGGGGAAACCACAGCAGGAAUAGCAGCCUCCGAACACCUAAAUCAAACUUGCCGAAAACAUGAGAAUCAGCUAAGAAUACUGGAUGCCGAGAUGGAGAAAACAUCUUCGAGCUCAGAACAGGAGUAUUCUCUUCAACUGCAAGAGCUGAAGGCUGAAGUGGAUAGAGAGAUCGAGAAAACGAAGCGCGGCCGUCAGGCUUUGGUCAAGACGAUGAUAGAUCUACACGAAGCCGAGACAAAAGCACUGAAGCAGCGAGUUUCCAACCUUCAAAGCCAAUACGAAACUGAAGUGCAAAAUAAGGAGAUGAUUUUACGGGACGUGCAAGAGUCUUGCGCUGCCCUUCAGAAGGAGAUAGCUCGCCUGGCAAAUAGUCCGCGACAACAACAAAUCGUUGCACGCCAGACAAAAAGUCACCAGAAGGCUCUAUCAAAGGCCCAAAAGGAUGCCGAGAAGAUUCGCAGAGACCGCCAGAAGGUUCAAGGGUACACGAAAGAGAUCGUUGGUGGUGUCAUGAAUGGGAUUGCUGCAGGUGCAGUUGCUAGCGUUAUGGGUGGCCUUAUGUGUAUCGUGAUGUAA